AUUCCGUUCGUCUGUCAUGAUCGCUGUGAUAAUAGUACCCGGUCUCCCUUAUCACAAUUCGUGUUACAAGACAUCAGAUGACCAAGCCCUAGGUUAAGUAAUUAGUCUACAUGCUCUGUCUAAGUACUAUAGUUCAGUUGGUUCUGAUGUGGAUAUACAUUACUGGUGUCUAGUAACUAGGGUGUUCACACAAUCUGACUUUUCUAGGAUAAGUUCUCACUGAUAAAUAACCAUUUUUAAGAAAGACGCGCAGUGUAAGUAAUGCACUGAUAGAAGAAUUUCUUAGCAUUUAAAAAAGAUUUUUUAGUAUUUAAGAAAUGGUUUCUUAAAUACUAAGAAUACUAAUCCUUCUAUCAGCAUGCUUCGCGCUAGGAAUGGAGCAUCAGGUUUCUCUAUGAUUUUUGAUGAUUUUGAAUAUCAGGUAAUCACUCCAGUAAAAGUUUAAGUCAGGACAGGGAACGUAAAAAAAAAUGGUCUUGAUGAUCCGUUGGGUUUAUUGAACUUAGUAACAGAUUAUCAAUUAAGUAAUAGUCCAUGGUCUAGUGAUAAAAUCAUUUAUGUGUCAAACCGCAAAUUGAUACUAAUCGGUUCUUAUUUCUAGCAAUUCAUGGAGUCUAGACAACUAAUUGAGCUGAUAAUUGAUUGUGUAGGUGCGAUAUGAUAUAAAAGGUUAAUGUUCACUAGAGCGCGGUUCAGUCCUUACCGGACACUGUAACAUACCUGACGUACUGAAGCGAAAAUAAAGUUCGCGCCAACUUAGUUACGACUCUUAAAAAAGUUAUAGUAACUAUCAGUGAAAAAUGGGGUGCAGCAACUCAACACCCGUUGAUCGUGAAAAAUUUACAAAGCUAAUGAGACGCAAGAAUAUCACCGAAAUACUUAGAAAAGAAUAUCAACAACUCAGGUGCGAAGGAAGAAACUUGGAUAUCAGUUUUGAAGCAUGCAGAAGGAGAGAAAAUAAUCACUCAGAAAACAGAGAAGGAUACAUGAUGUGCUACGAGCACAGCAGAGUAAUUCUACCCACAGAAGACAACUCAGGAGAUUACAUCAAUGCAAGUUAUGUCAACGGUUGGAGACAGCAAAGAAAAUUCAUCUGCACCCAGAAUCCUUUGGGGAAAUCUGCUGUUGACUUCUGGAGGAUCAUCAUGAUGCACAGGACACGGAUCAUCGUCAUGCUGAGUGAAAAUAGUGACAAAGAGUGUUGCGAGUAUUGGGACAUUUGUGAAGGAGGUGUGAAAUGUGUUAAAAACUUUAAAAUUAAAACCGUUAAAGUGAUGGCUUACCCGAAUUACAAUGUAACGAUACUCAAUGUAAGUGAUGGAGGUAAAGAACCCCUUGAAGUGAUACAUUUUGCUUGUAUAGAUUGGUUAGAUUUCUGCAGUGUCGAUGGUGUAGUUGACUUCUUCAACUUUUUAUUUGAUGUAAAACUCACGUACAGAGGAGUUAAAAAAGAACUGCCUGUUAAAACUGGUUCAAAUUGUGUGCCUCCUAUAGUUGUGCAUUGCAGCUCUGGUCUUAGUGCAACUGCAGUAUUUUGUGCAAUGGAUAUUUCUAUGUCAGAAUAUCUUGCAACCGGCACUAUUUCAUUGCCACAAACUGCAAUUCAAAUUUGUAAACAGAGAUAUAAUAGUUUUUUUUCUGUAAAUGAUUAUUUGUUUUAUAAUCUCCUAAUGUUUCGCUGUGUUACAUUACUUUCUGUAGAAAAAUAUAAUGCACGAAAAUUGAUUGUAAAUUAGUUUUAAAAGUGUAAG